AUGCUUUCAUUUAGGCACUUCAUUUUACCCCUAAUAUGGGUACUUAUAUAUAAUGAAAGGGUAAAGGACAGUCCUUUUUUAACCCAGCACAGCAAAUGGGCCAAAGAAUUAAAGAAUCGUGUUUUGAGAUUAGAAACUCCGGAACCAUGGGGAGAGUCGGAAACCUACGAAAUCAGCACUAGGGAUAGUUCGGGAAAUCUGAUUACGACAGUGUUUAAUAAAAAUGCGGAGGCCUUGUAUUUUUACAUUAACCGAAAAGAGUCAAAAGGAGGUGGAUCAAACAAAGGAGGAAGUUCGAAGUUAAGAAAAAGGGAAAAAAGACCUUAA